AGGUUGCUAAAAUGUUUUGUGAAUGUCCUGUUUCACUGAGUGAAAAAGCUAUAACCAUUUUAAAGACCUCGAGUUUAAUUUGUGCACACAUUUUGUAAAGAAACUACAUUUCAGUUUUGAAACCUUGUUUAAAACCGUUUACAUUUACUCCUAGAAUUGAUUGUUAUCAAUGCCAACCAAAGAACAACAGUUUUGUAAAAGGGGAUAAUUUAGGAAGUGAGCUUGUGGAGUAAGAGAGGAAGUGGUUUCUGAGGAUUGCAUGAGAUUCUGAGAUUGUACUUCAUGUAAGGGUCCUGUGAACAUCCACUGUGGUGUAAUAUGGUUUAACCUCCCGCGUUGUCUGGACAGAAAGCAGUUGUUUGUUUCUGAGCUUUGAUGAAACAACAGAGAGAAAGAAAAGGUGGCUCAUUUUGUUUCAAAUGAAAGGAAAUUCGCUCAAGGAUGUAUGCAGCCAAGCCUGUCCUGUGUUGGAUCGUAAUUCUGUGCUGUUGGCAGGAAACUCUAGCCAAACCUAGAAUCUCCAUGCUGAACAGAACCAGAGUGGCACUAGCAGGGGAAAAUCUUGACUUCAACCUGUCAGUUUUCAUCCCAGCAAACUACACCACUAGCAAACUUGUAUGCUACCACACUCAGAGCAAGACGAGAAUUUGGAGUAAAGACCUUAAAAGUGAAUUAUUUGAUACUACACCGUUGGUGAGAGCACGUAUAAACAUGCACAAUAGCUCCAGUUCUGGCAAUUACUACUUUAGUUAUGCAAAUCAGGAAGUGCAUUGGGUGGUUCAUGUGAGAGAUAAAGGUUAUCAGGAGCCACCUGAGGAGUUAGACAGUGCCAUCAUCACAAUGUUGGCAUUCUCAGGAAUUCUUCUCAUCUUCACCGUUGCUGGGUCACUUUACAUAUUAAAGAGCUACAAGGAACACCCUCCUUGUAGAGAUGACAAAAAUGAAGCUGCAGAGCAGAGACCAGGGGAGAGUGAUGAAGUGAUUUUGGAUGAAGAUGCUGCAUCUGCAUCACUCUACACAACUCUACAUUGCAGAUCAGGCUCUAUUUAUGAUACACUGCAUUCAGACACAAUGCAUGUAGAAAACACAAAGAAGAAAAAAUCAGAAAAGCACUGCAACGCACAAGAAGAUGAUAUAUUUGAUUCUGUGUAUGAAAACCUGUGAAUGAACAGACUGAAGGAACGAUUGAGGUUAAUGAAUGUGAUUUAUGAAUACCUGCUGGAAUGUGCUUAAGUGUCAAAUAAAGAGUUUUUAUUUUUUGUAUAAUUUAAUAUUUUAUGGGCAAGUAUGACAGAAAAUAAACGAAAGAUCAAAACAA